AUGGAGCGCUCGCAGAGCCGCCUCAGCCUGUCCGCUUCCUUCGAGGCGCUCGCCAUCUACUUCCCGUGCAUGAACUCCUUCGACGACGAGGACGCGGAAGGGGACAGCCGGAGGUUGAAGGGGGCCAUCCAGAGGAGCACGGAGACGGGCCUGGCGGUGGAGAUGCCCAGCAGGACGCUGCGCCAGGCCAGCCACGAGUCCAUCGAGGACAGCAUGAACAGCUACGGCUCUGAGGGCAACCUUAACUAUGGGGGAGUUUGCCUGGCAUCGGACGCCCAGUUCAGUGACUUCCUGGGCAGCAUGGGGCCAGCACAGUUUGUGGGCCGCCAGACCCUGGCCACCACGCCGAUGGGGGAUGUGGAGAUCGGCUUGCAGGAGCGGAACGGUCAGCUUGAAGUGGACAUCAUCCAGGCUCGGGGACUGACGGCCAAGCCCGGCUCCAAGACACUGCCAGCGGCCUACAUCAAAGCCUACCUGCUAGAGAACGGCGUCUGCAUUGCCAAGAAGAAGACCAAAGUCGCUCGCAAGUCGCUGGACCCGCUGUAUAACCAGGUGCUGCUGUUUCCAGAGAGUCCCCAGGGCAAAGUCUUGCAGGUGAUCGUGUGGGGGAACUACGGGCGGAUGGAGCGGAAGCAGUUCAUGGGUGUGGCCCGCGUACUGCUGGAGGAGCUGGACUUGACCACCCUGGCCGUGGGCUGGUACAAGCUCUUCCCCACCUCCUCCAUGGUGGACCCAGCUACGGGCCCCCUGCUCCGGCAGGCAUCCCAGCUGUCCCUUGAGAGCACCGUGGGGCCCUGCGGCGAGCGAUCUUAGUGCCAGGGAGGGGGAGGGGCUCCCCAAGAUGGUCUGGAGACCGCCCAGCCCCGACCUGGGACCCCAGGCCCAGGGGCACAUUGAACAGAGGAGGAUGGGGUUCUCCCCCCACAGCGGGGAAGCAGAACGGGGAGACCUGCCCCCUCAGGGCCCCUCCUCACCCCUUCUUUUCCUCCUAUCCCCUGAGACCUUCCCUCUCCCGAUGGGAUUGGCUGCACUUUUGACUUGGCUGGUUCUUGACCUGGUGGAUGUGGCUGCAAUCCGGAGAAAGGAAAGACCGAGGUGGCAGAGCAAACCAUCCUCCUGCCCCAGACACUGUCCGACCGCUCCCCCUUUUUGCCUCCUUGGAAGCUCGCUGCCCGGAGCCAAGUCCAGAACCCAGCGGCCAUCUCCAUGGUGCCAAUUACCAGCAAGUGUCUUUCCUGCGGCACCGGGUUCAGGCAGCUACUCCUGCCCCAGAGCCUAUGGGGCAGCUUUGCAAGGAUC